UUACGAUGUAAUUGCAAACUGGCAAUUGCAAGGAAAAGAAAAAGCGCAAAUCAUAAAAUCAAAACUAACCAACCCAAAAAUCUCAAUUCAGUUCAAAGGAGAACGGGUAUCUGUUCCUUCAUCUUCCCCAUCUCUCACGUACCUGUUCUCCUUUACCCCUUUUUAAAGCCAGGGUUUUUCUCUCCAAGGUCUUAUUUUUACGCCACUCAGAUUCACAUCUUUAUGGUUCUUCUGCCACACAAAGCCUUGGCCUUUGCUGUUAAUUCAUCCUCCUUGUGGUAAUCCAAAAGGGCCCUUUUGCUUGUCGUUGUUGAUGUAUCUAAUUGUUUCUGAAGGGAAUUGGCUUGUGAACAUACCCAAUUCAUAUCCAUUGCAACACACCCACUUGUCCUUCUCAAGACGCAGAUGGGAUAAAGAGUUUUCUGAACUCCAAAGUGGGUAGGCUAAACAAUAUUCAUAACAAUUGAAUUGUCUUGUUUUGGAAUUAAUGGAUUCUUCACAAGGGUCUACGCUGGCUGGUUUUGUGGACAAUGCAUCUAUUAAGCGGGAUGAAUCUUGUUUUGAUGGCAUUCCUGUGUAUGUUAAGGAGCUAAUUGCUGGAGGCUUUGCUGGUGCUCUUUCUAAGACUGCUGUUGCACCUCUAGAACGGGUCAAGAUACUCUGGCAGACAAGGACAGCAGGAUUUCAGUAUCUUGGGGUGCACCAAUCUUUGAAUAAGUUACUAAAGCAUGAAGGUUUUCUAGGAUUAUAUAAAGGAAAUGGAGCUAGUGUUAUCCGCAUUGUUCCAUAUGCCGCCUUGCAUUUUAUGACUUACGAGCGGUAUAAAAGUUGGAUCUUGGAUAAUUAUCCUAUGUUAGGAACAGGUCCUUUUAUUGAUCUUUUAGCUGGCUCCGCAGCAGGAGGAACUUCAGUUUUAUGUACAUACCCCUUGGAUCUUGCCCGUACCAAACUUGCUUAUCAGGUGGCAGACACAAGAGGAAGUAUCAAUGAUGGUAUGAAAGGAGUUCAGUCUCAAUCUGCACAUAAUGGCAUUAAAAGUGUGCUUACAAGUGUCUAUAAGGAAGGUGGAGUUCGUGGGCUUUAUAGGGGUGCAGGACCAACCCUUACUGGAAUUCUUCCAUAUGCUGGUUUGAAGUUCUACAUGUAUGAGGAAUUGAAGACUCGUGUUCCUGAAGAACAUCAGAAGUCCAUUUUGAUGCGUCUUUCUUGUGGAGCUCUUGCUGGAUUGUUUGGGCAGACUUUAACAUACCCUUUAGAUGUUGUUAAGAGGCAGAUGCAGGUUGGCAACCUGCAAAAUGCAGCUCAUGCAGAUGCUAGAUACAGAAAUACACUUGACGGACUUAGGACAAUUGUUCGUCAGCAAGGGUGGAGGCAGUUGUUUGCUGGCGUAAGCAUUAACUAUAUAAGGAUUGUUCCUUCAGCUGCAAUUAGUUUCACCACAUACGACAUGAUGAAGACUUGGCUUGGCAUACCACCUCAGCAAAAGUCUCGAUCAGUUUCAGCAGCAUAACUGCUCACCCAUGAUGACAAUAAGUUGCAAAUUUACAUAUUGACUCCAUUUUCAUAGGGAUGUCACAUGAUUUCCACAAAUUAUUGUUUUAGAGGAAUCCCUUGUGAUUAAAUUAACUAAUGCUCAAGUUAAUUUGUCAUAUUUGGAAAGCUCCUUCAUAGUGCUACUCAUUAUUUCUUUAACCUUAAAAAUGAAACUUACGUAGAUUUGUCCGAAACUAUGGAUGCAACUCAAAAAGCAAUGAUUUCACCUAGAAUUAGAUAAUUGCAAUGCUUGGAAUAUGUUUAUGUACACACGGCACGGCAUGUUAUAAGGGCUUCAACAAAGCUCAAGGCGGCGCUUAUUUAUUUAUUUUGUGAAUAUUUAUUAUCAUCCUCAUGCUCUGGGCAGUACAAGUAUCUGACAAUGUGCUAAAUUAUUUAGUUUUUCAUAUUAAAUACUAAAAUUAAUAUUGUAUAUGAUAUUUUACACUUUUUUUUUUGCAUAUACAUAUUUUAAAAUAUAUCCAAAUUUGAAAAGGAAAUAUUUUUUUUGCCCCACUUUUAUGUUAAAAAAAGUUUUUAUAUUAAUACAUGAUAUAUUAAUAUAAAAACAUUUUAAACGAAAAGAAAAAGCUGCCCGUCCUUGCAUUUCGCACGUCACUCUCCCUUCCUCCCACUUUUUCUCAUUUUUUGAAGGAAGGAAUAUUUUUCACUUUUUAAAAUUAUUUCAUCUUUUUCUUAUCAAACAAACAUCAUAAAUACCUUUCUUCUCUCUUUCUUUUUUCCCUUUUAAUUUUUUUCCUAGAUCACCCAAAAAAUAUUUUGCCUUGAAGGUUGUUAUUGAUUCUUAAAAG